ACCAUGAAAAUGGGAGUGAAAGACACAAAAAAGAUAUUGAGAAAUGGGUUUUCUGUUCAAAAACCAACAAAAAAGUGGGCAGUGGAGUAGAAGAAGUGGAAAGGACAACAAUGGAGAUAGAUAAGCAUUAAGCUCCCUUCCCUCUUCUUCAUUCUUGUCCCUUUGCAAUCUCUAAGUGGCAUACUCGGUCUCAUGAAGACGCCAUUAUCGUUCUUCUCCAUCUUCCAUUUCUGUUCUCCACAUGGGUUUUUCUCUUUCUUCUUCUUGCCUUGGAACUUCCUCUCUCUCAAUUAAGAUUACAAAGCCCUGUUGUGAUGUCAGACUUGGCCAAAGAUCCUCUAUCUUUACAAGAAGUCAUAAACUCAAUCUCUUAGGCCAACCAGUACAUGGCUUGACUGCAGAUGCAUCAAGAAACUGGAGUUUCAUUACAGGAUCAAGAAUUGCUAUUAAACCAAAACUUUCAAAAGUAGAUUUUUCCAAGAACGUCCAAGGAGACUUAAAUUCGGGAAGGACGAUUGCCACUGCCCGGCAUAGCAAGGAUCUUUACAUCUUUAAUGAUGAUACCUCUGGGUUGGCAAACGCUCAAGUUGCUAGCAAUGCUUUUACUUUAGGUACAAUAGCUGUUCUCCCCUUUUAUGGCCUCAUGGUUUUGGCUCCUAAAUCAGAAUUGACUAAGAGGUCUAUGCAAAGUAACAUACCAUAUGUAGUGCUUGGGCUUCUAUAUGCAUAUCUUCUCUACCUUUCUUGGACUCCAGAAACUAUGCAGCUUAUUUUUGCUUCCAAAUACUGGCUGCCAGAGCUGCCUGGUAUAUUAAAGAUGUUCUCUAGCGAAAUGACAUUAGCUUCUGCUUGGAUUCACCUGCUGGUUGUCGACCUCUUUGCUGCAAGGCAGGUUUUCCACGACGGAGUUGAAAAUAAAAUCGAGACCCGACAUUCUGUGUCUCUUUGCCUCUUCUUUUGCCCCAUAGGAGUCCUCAUUCAUGUUAUCACCAAAGCACUAACAAAUAGAGUUGGCCCCGCAAAACAUGGUUCGUAACAGGGCAGGGAGUACAUCUCAACUAAUGCUUCACCCAUCUUCAGAAUUUAUAUUCUAAGGUCGUGUUAUCAGAGUUCGGAAGUCAAUGCAAACUUUUAGCACCUAAUGAACUCCAUUAUUUUGAUAUCAAUGUUUGUAUUCAAACCAACCCAUACAAUCUUUACUGAAAUCUCAGUGAAAGAAAUACAGGCGUACCAGCAAUACCUCUUGGCCUUUAAAUUUUUAUGAAACUCAAAAAGAAUUUUGAUAUUGCGGUGGAAGAUCAAGAAAUUUAGAGAAGAGAACUUGAAAGAGAUUUCUUCGUAUGAAAACUAUCAUUAGUCUA